AUGCUUUGAACCAAACCCGCCUCACCCAUCCGACACGUUACCCUCUCAAACCCCACGUAAAUCACCUCCGCAACGGCCACCUCCGCCGCCACAACAACCAGCGACAACUACCCCAAACACACCUACACAUGCGUAGCCUACGAUUUAGUCUGAGACAAAGUCAAGAACCAACUCAAGCAAGCGGCAAAACGCAGAUGUAACUGAUGCCCCCCUUCUUUACUGUUAGACUGCACCACUCUUUGUUAAAACCCUAUUUACUGCCCCCUAUUCUGUUGGGUUUGUGUCAGAUUUUGAGCCCUCCAAUCGUUGGGGGUUUGUGUUAGGCAUUAUGGUUACUGGAGGGGCCCGCCGGGAAGCAGGAGACAAGAACCCAGUAGCCAUGUCAAGAGGAGGAGCGACCAGGUCCUGGGGCACCAUCGUAUCUGGCCAAUCUGUAUCCACCAGCGGCAGCGUGGGCUCCCCGUCUAUCCGUAGCGAGCAGGCCAUGGCCACACCCGCCAGCGACACUACUGUCCUUAGGUUGAACAACCUCGACAUCCACGGGGACGAUGCAGGAUCGCAAGCGGCUGUUGGUAACAAGAAGAAGAAGAGAUGUCAACGGGCCGUUGGCGGAGAUAAGUCUGGUAGAGGACUCCGACAGUUUAGUAUGAAAGUGUGUGAAAAAGUUGAAAGCAAAGGAAGAACUACUUACAAUGAGGUCGCAGAUGAGCUUGUGGCCGAAUUUGCUGACCCCGGCAAUGGCGUUACAACCCCAGAUCAGCAACAAUAUGAUGAGAAAAACAUACGCCGAAGGGUAUAUGAUGCUCUGAAUGUACUCAUGGCAAUGGAUAUCAUAUCCAAAGAUAAGAAAGAAAUACAGUGGAGGGGUCUGCCUCAUACAAGCCUUAAUGAUAUUGAAGCAUUAAAGGCUGAGCGUCUUGGACUGAGAAAUAGGAUUGAAAAGAAAGCAGCAUACCUACAAGAACUGGAAGAACAGUAUAUAGGUCUCCAGAAUUUGAUACAGCGAAAUGAGCAAUUAUACACCUUAGGAAACUCUCCCAGUGGGGGUGUUUCAUUACCGUUCAUUUUGGUGCAGACCCGUCCGCAUGCGACUGUGGAAGUGGAAAUAUCUGAAGAUAUGCAACUAGUGCAUUUUGACUUUAAUAGCACCCCUUUUGAACUUCAUGAUGAUAAUUAUGUUCUGAAGGCAAUGAAAUUUUGUGAGAGACCACAGAGUGAUGAUAUGACUCCUAAUUAUGCUGUGGAUGGAGGCGAAGGUUCGAGCAUGUCCAACAUGUAUCAACCACAAAUCAUUCCUCCCCCAAUGACAAGCACACCGACUAGACCUCCCACCACACCACCUAUUCCUGGGAUAUUGAAGGCUCGCGUCAAACAUGAACAUUAGUAAGUAAGCUUCUGGGUUUCCUUUUGCACCAGCGCAUUUGUAAAUUGUUGUAAAGUAGUUUGCCACCAUUGCUGUGUGAUCACAGAAUUUGAUAGGAAUUGAGGGGAGAUCCUAAUUGUUCCUAGUAUUAUUUGAAGACUAACUAUUAGCAUCUUGAUGACUUUCCUCAGGAGCCUCUCUCUCUUUUGAGUGGAUUGUUA